GCGUCUCCCCUCCCGGAAAAAGCCCUAGUUGUGAAGGCGGAGGACAGACCCGAUUCUUGCUGGGAGCACGUGUGAUUCUUCACCCAGGGAGCACAGAAGCAGAGAUGCCGGCUCACUGAUAGACUUGCUUGAAGCCAGAGUCAUGGUGGAUGUCGGGAAGUGGCCAAUCUUCACCCUGCUCUCGCCUCAGGAGAUCGCGUCUAUUCGGAAGGCGUGUGUCUUUGGCACCUCAGCCAAUGAAGCCUUGUAUGUUACUGACGAUGAUGAGGUCUUUGUAUUUGGACUGAACUACAGCAACUGUCUUGGUACUGGAGAUAAUCAGAGUACGCUCGUCCCCAAGAAGCUAGAAGCCUUGUGUGGAAAGAAGAUAAAGAGCCUUAGUUAUGGGAGUGGACCCCAUGUUCUUCUCAGCACUGAAGAUGGAGUUGUUUACGCCUGGGGCCACAACGGAUAUAGCCAGCUUGGAAACGGGACGACCAAUCAAGGCAUUGCCCCCAUCCAGGUCUGUACCAAUCUCUUGAUCAAGCAAGUGGUUGAAGUCGCCUGUGGCUCCCAUCACUCUCUGGCUCUGGCGGCUGAUGGAGAGGUGUUUGCUUGGGGCUACAACAACUGUGGUCAAGUGGGCUCAGGCUCUACAGCAAAUCAGCCGACUCCUCGCAAAGUCACAAACUGUUUACACAUCAAGAGGGUGGUGGGCAUUGCCUGCGGCCAGACCUCGUCCAUGGCUGUUCUGGACAAUGGUGAGGUCUAUGGCUGGGGUUACAACGGCAACGGCCAGCUAGGCCUGGGCAAUAAUGGCAAUCAGCUGACCCCGGUGAGAGUGGCAGCUCUGCACAGCGUGUGCGUCAACCAGAUUGUCUGCGGCUAUGCACACACUCUAGCACUAACCGAUGAGGGCUUGUUGUAUGCCUGGGGAGCUAACACGUAUGGGCAGUUGGGAACUGGCAAUAAAAAUAACCUGCUAAGCCCAGCACACAUCAUGGUGGAGAAAGAAAGGGUGGUAGAGAUUGCAGCCUGCCACUCUGCCCACACCUCUGCCGCCAAGACCCAGGGUGGACACGUGUACAUGUGGGGCCAGUGCCGGGGCCAGUCCGUGAUCCUGCCCCACCUCACCCACUUCUCCUGCACAGACGACGUGUUCGCCUGCUUCGCCACGCCUGCCGUCUCAUGGCGCCUCCUGUCUGUGGAACAUGAAGAUUUUUUAACAGUAGCAGAGUCACUAAAGAAAGAAUUUGAUAGUCCAGAAACUGCUGACCUGAAGUUUCGGAUUGAUGGGAAAUUCAUCCAUGUGCACAAAGCUGUUUUGAAAAUCAGGUGUGAGCACUUUCGAUCUAUGUUCCAGUCUUACUGGAACGAGGACAUGAAGGAGGUGAUAGAAAUAGACCAAUUUUCCUACCCUGUGUACCGUGCCUUCCUGCAGUACCUCUACACGGAUACCGUUGACCUGCCGCCCGAGGAUGCCAUAGGUCUCCUGGACUUGGCAACGUCUUACUGUGAAAACAGACUGAAGAGACUCUGCCAGCACAUCAUCAAGAGAGGCAUCACUGUGGAGAAUGCCUUUUCGCUGUUCUCUGCUGCAGUCAGAUACGAUGCGGAGGAUUUAGAAGAAUUCUGCUUUAAGUUUUGCAUCAAUCAUUUGACAGAAGUCACACAGACUGCAGCAUUUUGGCAAAUGGAUGGCCCUCUGCUAAAGGAAUUCAUUGCUAAAGCCAGUAAAUGUGGAGCCUUUAAGAACUGACGCCCAAGGCUGCUGGGGUUUGUGUGAGUGCUCUGGGGUGCGGGUGAUGGUGUGUCACUCACCCCCCCGCUGUGAUUCUGCUGGUGCUGUGAUCUGCAGGUAACAAUCCCGUCAGGCUGUUCUCUCCCAGUCGCUGUGGAGGAUUCUGUGAAGGCUGUCUGCUCUCCUCGCACCCACCCUAAACGACCCUGUCUCCAGUGUGAUUUGCCAAUGAGGCCCUGCCCUGGGCUGGACCACUGUCAGAGGGUGAAGGUUUAGCAGGCCGUUUUCUGUAGCUGAUUUGGAUGAGAGGAGCACCUGUACUCAGACAGGGGGUGCUGGUGGCCACGCUCUCCAUGCAGCCGCACCCCUCUCCAGGCCCCAAGAGCUGGGGUAGUUAGUGAAUCGUGCAAUAGAUGGAGCUGCCCCCGCUUCCCGGAAACUUGGGGCUCAUUGAAGUGCUGCAUUAGUCAUUCACUGACAGCCUGGCUGUGAAGGACAGUUAGGUUUUUGAAGGCUUUUGUUUAUGUGUUUGUACUGUUAAUGGAUUUUUAUAACUUCAUGUAUAUCAAAAAUAAUACCCAAUUUAGUAUGAGUUAAGCCUAUCAAAAUGAUAAUCAUGUACGAUAUAAAUUUCUAGAUUGACUUAAGCACAUAGGAGUAGUAAAUUAGACUGCCUGGGAGAAGUUGAUAAACUUCCUUUGGACAAGUUUUAUAAAAUUAGAAUCUCCAUUACUAUCCAGUGGUAUUUUAUUAAGAUAAAAUUUGAGAACUCAUUUAAAAUGUGAAGUUGCCCCUUUUUUUCAAUCCUAAGAAGAAAAUGAUGACACCGUCAGUACACUCUUGGCUUUCUGAGCCAUUGCUGUGACAUCCUCAGAUCUGCUAAAUGACUCAAAGAAGUGGUUUUUAAAACCAGCUUCCUUGGGAACUUAAGAAAUUUAGCUAGGCCUGAUUCCACCCCACGUUUCCAUAUUUCAGACACAGCCACCUUUGACUUUUGAUUUUUCUCUCUUGUUUUAGGGUAUACUAUUUAGUGCCAUCUAAUUUUUUUUUUUUCAUUGAAUCACAGUGAUAAGGUUGUUAACGAUUGGGCUUCAGUUAUAUAAUGUUCCAACACCACCCCUUCACCGGUGUACGUUUACCACCACCAGUGUCCCCAGCUUCCCUCCCACCACCUCUGCCCGGCCCCCCAUCUGCCUCUGUGGCAGUGCUGUUUAACUUUUAAAAAGGAUCAAAAUGAUAGUUUUCUGAGAACUUCCUAUGUAAAAUCAUCUUGCUCAGUUUUGUGGUUGUUUUUUGUUGUUGGAGGUUUCUUGGUUUGGGGGUGUUUUUAUUUGUUUCUUUUCUUUCUUUUUUUUUUCUGUCGUUUGGUCUGGUUAUGUGCCUGGAUAGCAAGGACGUUUACUGGCCUCCGAGUUCUGAGCCCCAGACCCACUAACCCCCUGGGAAACGUGGCUCUGCUCUGCCCUCAGCCGGGGCCUGGACCUCUUGCCGCCUCCCUUCUCUCCCAGGCAGGAGCAAAACACUAUCAUUGGCGAAAAGGCUAAGAUCUGCGGUGGCUACUGUAGUGGCAGGUGUUUGCCAGUGUAUGAAGGGAGGCGGCGAGUCGGGGAGAGGAAAGAGAGAAGGAGGGCCCCAGGCAGGACUCCCAGGGAGGGGAGUUUUGUGGUGCUGCGUGCCUGGCACCUGUUUUGGAUCAUCUUGCGAAUGUUUGAAGCUCAGUAAGGUAUUCGUCAGGAUUAGUUUUGCAGAAAGAUAGGAUUUUUCUUAGGUUGAUAAAUGCACAUUAAUUUAUUAUUAACUAGGAGGGGUAGUAUUUGUAACGAUCACUGUAGGCAUAUCAUUGUUACAGACAAGAACUUCAGUAUGUUUACUAUUGCUCUUACUUGAAAAAAAUAUUCCCCAAGGCACAAAUAAAAGUAGUAAAUCCAUUUUCAUAGAUCACUCAUUCAUUCAUUCAACAAAUAUGUAAUGAGUUCUUACUGUAGGUGAAGAACCACUUCUCAUGUUAAAUAGUUGAUGACUGAGUACUUUGUAUGAAUGUAGUAAAGAGAAUAGGAGUAAGUCUUACACAAAAUAACUUAUCUUUUUUUUAAAAAUACUCUUAUUUUUCUACUUGGUUUUGUUGUUAAUUAUAGCAGGAGAUGAAAAUUAUUCUUUGAAUUGCUUUUUUUUUUCACCUGGUGUUAGUCUAAAAGCCAAAGUAUUAAUAUUUCUUGAAAUAGCCCGCAAUGUUAUCUUGAACUUUUUCUUUUCUGUGAUACUGGGGAUUGAACCCAGGGUCUCACAUGCAAAAGCAUGCACUGGACCACUGAGCUGCAGCCCUGGCCUUACUCUUGAACUUCUUACUGGAAUAAUGUUUGAUACCGUAGAAUAUAGGCUGUAUUUAUGUAAUGUUUAGAGGCAUAUUAAUAAAUAAAAUAAUCUAUUACAA